AUGGAAGCACCACAGUUCACCCUCGAGCAUGGAACGACCUACGGCGUGUCGGGGGAUCAUCUUGCGUCGAUGCGACUCUUCCACAUGCUCGCGGCAACAGCAGCUGCGAUGGGUGAACGAGUCCUGAUCCUUUCACCAUUGCUUUCUGCGACUACCGCGGCUUUGGCGUCAAUGCUUGCAGACGACGACGAGAUGCUCGAACGAUUAGCGCGCAUCCAACUUGCAUGCAUGUCCGACAUCGCACACGUUGUUUCAACUCUUGCUGCCAUCGAUUCAUGGUCCACGACUCGGUGUAUUUUCGUCGACGCUCUGUCGUUGUGCCCACCCCAUCCAGACAUCUAUGAGCUUGCCCACAUUCGAUCUACGUGUCUCGCUCUCAAGCGAAUCGCAACUGUUCACCGGGCCAUUGUCGUCGUUGUGUUCCGAUCGUCCAUGACGCAGUGGCUCACUUCGCACCACGUGCUGCUCACACCGUACCAUCCAUCGACGUCGUCCGGACAGAAAGACAUGGUGACUGCCGUCAUUGCCCGAACAGGCGCGACAUGCUUAUGUUCGUUAUCUACUGUUCUAAUGUCCUAACACGUUGUUGCUCUAAGCACAA